CUGGAGUAAAAUUGUUAAAGGUAACAACCAGCUGCAAAUUUUACCUUUAUAUAUAGAUCGCCUCAAAUAUCUGAUAAAAAAGGAGUUUUAAUUCUGUCCCUGAUGGCUGACCAGAUGCUGCUGCUGGCUGUCGGCCUGUCUGUGGGUCUGGUGCUGCUGCUGCUUCUGGGUCUGCUCGUGUUCUGCUCUUGGAGGAGGACGAACAGGCAGAGUCGGUACCAGGAGCUGUUCUCCACGGCGCCGUCUGUUCCAGCAGGCUCUGCUCCAGUCGUCCUGGUGUCUCAGGGUUCUUGGACAUUACCCAGUGACAUCCCUUUCACAAUUCCUCCUCGCUUCAUCCCACAAAGCAAAAGGGAUUUAAAGAAUGAUGAGCUGGAGGCUGCAGAGAGCCAAAAAGACAUCCUGGCUCAUCGUGGGUCACUAUCCGUGAGAGGCUGGUACCCCAUGGGGUCUGUGUUGACAAGCCUGUACUCUGUAAGUGCUCUAAACGAGGUGGUAGCCCCGCCCCCUGGCAUGGCCACCCGCCUCCUCUUCUCCGUGGAGUACCGGCACAGCAGCGAGCAGGUCGUGGUCUUCCUCCUCCGCCUUGGAAACCUGCCUCCACGUUUCCACUCCAACGCCACUCUGGUGGAGCUGCGACUUCUGCCGGAUGACCGGCGACCCCGUCAGGCCAAAGGCCAAGGGACAGGGCCUGACCCCGAGUUCAACGAUUACUUUGUCUUCCAGGUGUCAGCAGUGUGUGUGCAGGAGAGCACCCUCAGCGUGUGUGUGCUGAGCCGUGAACCCGAUGGCAAGCGUCACGCCGUGGGCAGGGUGCUCUUCCCCCUGGAGGGGGAGCUAGGGCUGGCAGGAAGGGUGCUCUGGAAAGAUUUAGAGCUGGAGGACGACGCGCAGUGCUCAGAGCUGGGGGACGUCCAGAUUUCUCUGUGCUACAGUUUGUCUCAACAGCGCCUCUCGGUGGUGGUUUUGAGAGCACGAGGCCUCCAGCUGCAAACAGAUGCAGGUGUGUGUGUGCAGGUGAGCCUUCAGUUACACACUCGAGUGAUGAAAACCAAGCGCAGCUGUGAGGUGAAAGAAGGACCCGACCCUUUUUUCAACUACAAAAUGACUUUUAAACUAAAGCCGCAGCACCUGGAUGAAGCCUGUCUGAGGUUUGAGAUGCAGCAGCCCAACAAAAGCCACUCAGAACUUCCAUACCAGCUGGGGGGGCUGGUGUUAGGCCCCUUUAUGUAUGCCAGGGGUCCUCAGCUGCAGCAUUGGAUGGAUAUGGUCAAUCCGGCACAGGAGCCAGUCAAACUGUGGCACGGGCUUGGCAAGACCACCUGACACCCAGAAUCUGAGUUGAAAAGAAGAAAAAAAAAUCUAUUUUUUCAUCAUUUUUAGAGGUUAAGAAUAACAAGUGGUUUUCAUCCAAGCUUAAAAAGAGCAAAGUGUAUCGUAACCUUUUAUGAAUUGCAGUUAAAAUUUUCUUGUAAGAGACAGAAUCUGUCUAUCAAAUAACUUUUUGGCUGUCAUUUCACACCUGAGUUUUGAACAGUAUCCUAUUUUCUUCCACUUUUUAUUAAACUGGUCCAUACUUAACUAAUCUCAUGUGAAUUUGUAAUUUCUUUGUCCUUAUUGUAUGGAAGUUUUUUAGUUCCAUCAGACUUUUUCCCCCUGACUUUUUAUU